ACUCACAAGUGACACAUACACCCACGAAUCAGAACCAGGAAAAGAACCAGAACCAAAAAAAAAGAAAAAAAAAAACGAAACAUGUCUCUCCUCUUCACCUCCCAUAACCCAUCUCUCAUCUUUGAAAACCCUUCCACCACCACCACCACCGCCACCACCACGAUACCCACCACCAUAUUCCGGCCCAUUUCUUUAUCUUUCAGAAAGCCCAAAUCCAUUCGUUUUGCAUCAAACAAACCACCCCCACCUUCAGGAUGGAACCAAUCUGACCAAACCCUUAACGACGAUGAAGAAUCAGACAAAAUCCAACAACCCACUAUCACAGACGAAUGGGGCGAAAAGGCCGAACCCGAAAACGAACAGUUAUCCAAGCUACCAGCCUCAGAUCCCCCAAAAGAUGAUGAUGAAUGGGGAACACGUGAUACGGUGAAAUCGAAUGAUGGGUAUUCGAGUAAUGGAAGCCCUGGUGUUGGAGUUGUUGAGAAUGAUGGUAAAGUUGAAGACUUAAAGAGGUGUUUGGUGGAUAGUGUUUAUGGGACUGGGUUAGGGUUCAGGGCUUCGCCUGAGGAACGGGCUGAGAUUACGGAGCUCGUUGCGCAGUUGGAGGCGGUUAACCCGACUCCUGCACCUACUGAUGCCGUCGAGCUUCUUGAUGGCAAUUGGGUUCUGUUGUAUACUGCAUUUUCCGAGCUAGUACCGCUGCUGGCUCUGGGCACAACUCCAUUGUUGAAGGUCGACAAGAUUUGCCAAGAAAUAUUUACCAGUACCCUUACCAUAGAUAAUUCCAUUACAUUAUCUAGCCCUGUUGCUACUUUUACGUCCACUGCAUCUGCAAACUUUGAAGUCCGAAGUCCCUCAAGAAUACAGGUGCAAUUUAAAGAAGGGACUUUUCAGCCUCCAAAAAUAAAGUCAAAUGUAAGCUUACCAGAGAGUAUUGAUCUUUUUGGUCAAAAUAUCAGUUUAUCAGCUGUACAGCAGUCCCUCAACCCUUUGCAAGAGAUUGUGGCAAAUCUAUCAGGCCUAAUAUCGGGUCAAGCUCCUCUUAAGGUUCCCAUUCCUGGGGAACGUUCAAGUUCUUGGCUUCUAAUCACAUACCUUGAUAAGGAUUUGAGGAUAUCUAGAGGGGAUGGUGGUCUCUUUAUUCUUGCUAAAGAAGGAAGUCCUCUUUUGGACCAAUGAUCAGAUUCAGCCUUAUGGUGCAGGAAAUAAAGGUCAGUGAGUGAAAGAAGAUUUCCAAGCUUUUGAGUUCAUAUAUAAUAUAUUUAUUUAUUGGAUAGAGCUGAAAACAAUUAUGUGGUCAGAGAGAUAUCGAUCUCAUUGAAAGAUCUAAUAGAUUGAAGGGCUUUUAUGUGUAAAUGUUAUUGUAAAUUACUGUUACCAUUGACAAUGAAAUCAAUCUCCUCUGCUAUUUGCAUUA